ACCGCCUUGUUGCUAGACAACAUCGAAAUUUCACAAAACAAACGGAGCUAGCACUAACAGCUUUAUCGAUACGUUGUCCCAGUCCUGACCCCGCGUUCAGUUCCUCAGAGCAGCAAAAUGGACAUGCGGAUGUCAGUCAACCGGAUGAGUGUGCGCCAAGCCUCAGUGGCGGCGCGGCAGCGGCAGACCAGGAUGGGUCGGAUGACCCGGCACACGAUCUUCACCAUGAAACGUGCCAUCACCUUCCAGGUGCGCCGUUCGCUGGUCGAAUACGUGGAUAGUGAACUGGCGGACAUGGACACCUCGGUGUUCUACCAGCGCAUCUUCGUCCUGGCCAAAAACUGCCGCUUGACGCCUGAGCAAUCGGAGGCGGGAACAGCGACCGCGGUGCCGGAAGGCGGAGAUCAGGGGGAGUUGGGCGAGGGCGAGAACCAAAGUCCAGGGUUGGAGUUUGGCGAGGACACGUUGGUUGCGGCAAGCGAAUCCCAGUCAAAGAUGACGACCCCCUCUAUUGUAAAUCGCAGCUCCGUGGAGGUACCUGGUGAGGAGAAGGACACCACGGCCACCGAAAGGGAGGUGCUUACCCACACAUUUCGCUUCGGCGAUGACGAGGACGAGGUCGAGGUCGAGGAAGCGGUCGAAGAGGACGAAGGGCCACCCACGGAAGGACCCCCACCCGCGAAGCCAAAGGACUUCUUCGCUCUCUUUAGCGAACGGCUUGAGGAAAUCCAUAAGCAGUGCAAGGCGACGUCCAUAACCCCGGACCCCAUGUGCGGAGUCUACAUCCAUAUGGGCGACUAUAGUUUGCUGAUGCUCGAGACCGCGGAGGACAUGAUGGGUUGUUUCUGCCGGGAACUGGCUAGCUGCUGCCAAGACUUCUGGCAGGCAAACCGGGUCUUUCUCAUCGAAGAUCACAUAAAGGAAUUGUACACCAAGGACCUGAUGUUUCGCCGCAUACCGGCUGUCUUCUUGAACGAGAAGUUCCCCACCUCGACGCCUACGGACGAGUAUUUGAUGGGCAAGCAGCACCUCAUCAUCAAGGAGAAGCUGCUCACCAUCUGCCGGCUCUUCUAUGAGGCCGAUCGGCUAGACCCGUACAUGAGCUCCUCCGAUGAGGAUGACGUGACCACAAACAAAUCCAAGUCGUCUCUGGCAAGCGAUCAGCUACCCGUGGAUGUUUACCGGAAACACAUGCCCGAGAUCCAGCGGAUCGAGCUGGUGCUGGCCUCCACCCGAUUCUACUACGAUCUCGCCGAGUUCAACGGACUGUACGGCCGCAUGCCCUUUGGCCCCGACGAGGAAGGUCUUUUCUGGCCCAUCCAGAACAACUACACGCCGGCCAACGUAUUCUGGCGCUCUCCUUACGACAUUAACCUUACGUUUGCCGACUACACAUCGGUGACCACGCGGCGUACUACUGCCACCAGUCUCCUGGAGAACGCCGAGGAUGAUGGUCAAGAAGCACCAGCCAAGGAAGAACCGAAGGCGGAGUAAAGGAGGAGGCGGAGUAAAGGACUCAUAUUACACCCACUGUUCAUAGUUAUUUAUUUAAUGGAAAAUAUUAAUAAAUCGUUGGAAGCAGCAGAAA